GUAUAUUGUCAUUGCAUAACUUUUUCUUUUGUUGUCAAUCAUAUGGUUGAUAUUUUUUUUAUUGUUAUUGAUUCUUUCAAUAUGAUUUGAGUCCAGUUGGCUAAAAUGAAAUCGACAGUGGAUACAACUGCACCAAAAACAUUUCAGAUUAUUCAUUUAAAUUCUAAAAAAGACAGAAUUGAAAAAGAAAAUUUCAAAAGAAUAACAGAAGAAAAUAACCGUCUUUUGAAGAGGAUGCAUGAAAUUCAGAAACAUGGUAUUAUGGGCAAUGAAAAUGAUCAGUAUAUAGAAAAAAGCUUAAAUGAAGAACAAAGACUGAAAGAAGUCAAGCGAGUAACUCAAGAAAAUAAAGAAAUUCUUAAAAGGCUGAAGAAUUCAAAAAACUUAUAUAAUCGAGAGAAUUGGGAACAUGAUUGGGCGAAUACUCUUAAAUACAUGACUAACAUAUCAAAAUUUACUAUGUAUCAUCAAAAAUCAGUUUCAAAAAAGAAGGGUCAACUAAGUGAAGAUGGAAAAUUGCGGGAAAAAAAUAAUGAAUAAUCAGUCAAUUAACAGUUGGUUGUAUUGCCUUAUUUUAACUGUUAAAAUUACAUGAAAAUUUAUUAGAAAACCUCACUUAUUAUAAGAGUAUUAUCAAUCCUGUUUCGCAAUGACCUUUAACUAGAUAGCAACACAAAUGAAUUGUAAUAUUAUAUUGAAAAAUAAAUUAAUCAAA